AUUUCAUUGCAAUUUUCCAACCACACUUUAGAAAAAAAGAAGAUAAAAGCGUCUUAUUCUUCUAAAACCCUCAAUCAUAUUCCAGCUGCUUCUCCUUUCUUCUUCAAGCACAAAGACUCCAUCAUUCCUAAUUUCCGACUUACAGAAAAAGCUGCGGAGCAAAUCUUGCUGUUCAUGGUUUAAGAAAACAGGCAAACAUGAAACCACAAACAAGCCAGAAAAACAGGUUUCUCCGGCUGAUCGCGACUCCCUUUCGGGCCCUGUGCAAGGCACGAGACUUCUACGUGAAAAGCAUGAUGGACUGCGCCAACAGCAACAUCAUAGGGUUGCAGGGGACGUCACAGGGUCCGAGCCUGCCGAGGAGCUUCAGUGCCAGCUCGGCCCGGUCAGACAACAGCGAGGACUUCCGGGAGCUGGUUCGGGCCGCAUCAGCCCAUGGCAUCGGCAACAGGGCUGAUCUGGAGGCGUACAUCAAGCAGGAGAUGUUGAAGGCGAGGACGGGCUCCGGCAGCGGGCCGCGGGCCAUGUCGGCGAGGAGCAUCAGCGUAGCGAUGGGCCGGAUUGACGAGGACAGCCCCUGUUGCUAUUUUGGUGAAGACAUCAAUGGUAAUAGUGUAAUUAAUGUUAAGAAUGAAAUGAAGUACCCUAGAAGUAAGAGUCAUGCUGUCGCAAAAACACCCUUUUGAUGUUUUAGAUUUAAUUGCAUUUUUAAUGUUGUAAUUAUGCAUUUUUGAGAUUUUAAUCCUAUAAUUUGUUAAAAUUAUAAAUUGAUUCUUCACAUUUUUUAAUUUUAUAAUUUUACGACAAAUUUGGCUGGAAAAUGAUACUAUAAUUUCAGCCAAUUUUGUCCUAAAAUCCCAAAAUUAAAAAAGUGAAGGAUUAUUAUACAUUUUUAAUAAAUUAUAAGACUAAAGUGUCAAAUAAUUAUAAUUACACAACUAAAAUGCGAUUAAACCGAUAUUAUAUUACAUUGUGACAAGGUUUUUAGGUGAAGGUAAUAAUCAAUUUAUUUUAUUUUUUC